CUCAUCUCUUGUCUUUGUCUUGUAGUCUCUGCUUGUCAGGGCAGAGCUUCCUCUCAACCAAGGUGAGGAGGGUGUGAUUACUUUCCCUUCAAAAUAAAAAGGUGAGGAGGGUGUGGAUCAAUCGAAUCGAAUCCUAAGCUGAGGAUGGCGGCGGUGCUCAAGGUGUAUGCGGACCGGCUGUCGCAGCCGUCGCGCGCCAUCAUCAUCUUGUGCAAGGUCAACCGGAUCGACUUCCAGGAGCUCACCGUGGAUCUCGCCAGGGGACAACACCGCGCACCAGAAUUCACCAAAAUCAACCCCAUGGCACAGGUCCCAACAAUCGUCGAUGGAAGAUUCAAACUCUUUGAAAGCCAUGCCAUUCUGAGGUAUCUUGCCACCGUCUUCCCCGGGGUUCCAGAUCACUGGUACCCUGCUGACUUAUUUACCAGAGCAAAACUCGAGUCUGUCUUGGAUUGGCAUCACUCUAAUCUGCGCCGUGGUGCAGCAACCUAUGUACUGCACACCGCGUUGGGUCCUGCUCUCGGUCUCACACCGAAUCCUGAAACCGCAAAAGAGGCCGAGAAGUUGCUGUCGCGAUCACUGGGAACGAUCGAAACUGUGUGGCUCAAAGGCGAUGCAAAAUUCUUGAAUGGCAACCCCCAGCCAUCAAUCGCAGACCUCAGCCUCGUGUGCGAGAUAAUGCAGCUGGAGGUUGUUGGUGAUGAGCGACGUGACAGAAUUCUGGGACCUCACGACAAGGUGCGCGCUUGGAUGGAGAAUGUGAAGAAGGCCACCAGCCCUCAUUUUGAUGAGGUCCAUGAGCUCAUCUUCAAACUCAAGGCGCGCUUGAACCCAGCAGCAUCCAAGCUCUGAAGAGAUGGAUCCUACACACAUUUACCCAAUUCUUCUUUCUUCUUGUCUUGGGAUUAAAACAAGUACUAGCAUCCAUGUACUGUACGAUGAAAGAAAGAAAUACUAGUAUUGUUUCAUUACGACAUUUCGACAUGAAGUAAGCAAUACUAGUAUUGUUUCCAGUGA